UCCGAAUUCCGGGUACAUGGGUUGUGUGCUGCCACAUUUACUCCUCUCAAGGACGAUGGGGAGUUAAAUUUGGACUACAUCGGUGUCUAUUGUGAUCACUUAGUUUCCCAGGGUGUCAUGAAUAUAUUUGUGAACGGCACAACUGGAGAAGGUCCGCUACUGACUCUUGACGAAAGGAAACUAGUCGCUGAAGCCUGGGUCAAAGCAGGAAGAGGCAAAUUAGAUAAAAUAAUCAUACAUGUUGGCACAACCAAUCUAAAAGAUACACAAUGUUUGGCUCAACACGCCGAGAAAAUUGGAGCUCACGCGAUAUCAACAAUUCCACCCACAUUCUUCAAGCCUAAGAGUGUAGGUUCCUUAGUGAAAUAUUGCAAGGAUGUCGCCGGUGCCGCUCCCACACUACCCUUCUUUUACUAUCAUAUACCACAGAUUACAGGCGUUGAAUUUAUGAUGCUGGAUUUCCUGAAAGCUGCGAAGAGUGAGAUUGCUACUUUAAGAGGCAUCAAGUACUCAUGGUUGGACCUGGUAGACGCUGCACAUUGUCUGAGGUUUAACGAUGGGAAGUACCAGAUCAUGUGGGGGAGAGACGAGCAACUUCUGACUGCCCUUGUACUGGGUAUAGAUUCAGCAGUUGGCAGCACCUACAACUUCAUGCCACGCUUAUAUCAGAGAAUGAUCGAGGCGUUCGAAAAAGGCGACAUAUGGGUGGCUCAGAAAGAGAUGUAUAGGAUACAAGAUGCUGUACUGGCGUUGUUCAAACACGAGUCUGGUAUUGGGCCGUUGAAGGCAAUAACACAAUCAGUUGCACUCUCAGAUCUUGGACCAGUCAGAUCUCCCAUCGACGUACCACGAAAUGAGAACAUGGACGGCGUUUUAAAGGACCUUCAUGAUAUGGGUUUCAACGAAUGGAUUAAAUAAAAUGGUGUUGGAAUCAAGCAAUUAACUGAGAAUCAGCCUUUGUGAGAUAUCAUGGUGAUUCAUAAGAAAGAACUACGAUGUACAUCCAAUUUAGAGUACGUCACGUGAGCAUCCCUAAAUUCCAAUGGACUGCGUAAUUUAUGGUUGUGACAGACAUCUACAAGAUGUGAUUCAAGUUCAUAAUACACAUGCAGCUGAAAGCUUGAAUGAAAUGAUGAAAUGAUCAAUUAUUAAAUACAAUGGUACACCAGACACUUCUAUUUGUAUUUAUGUCCGACAGAAUGGCUCAGCUUCAUUAAAACGACAUCAAUCAGGCAGAAGCUUCAAGUAUUGACACUUAGUAUUGUUCUAUGGACAAGUAGCAAUGGGUCUACCUUGCCUGAAUUAAAACAAUGCACAUCAAUAUAUUUGCAGCCUUAAGUUUUUCAUUUUCUAAUUUGAUAUUGUAAAGUCUUACUGAAACGACAAUAAGUAAUUUCUUGGCUUUUCAUAACUGAGUUUUGAAAACACGCAGAUUGUAUCCAAUCUCACUUAAAAUGAGUUUAACAUAACUGGUCAUCUCAUAUCAAUUAAAUUGAUAUUUUUAACACUUUAAGGUCAAUGUUAUCCGGACAAGAUGCUUCAGUGAAUUAGCAUUUAUUUUUUGACAAGAUGAGACCAACUCCCAUAAUUCCCAUUCAUCAUGUGAUACAUCACGUGACACAUUGCCGCCAUA